AUGGUUCUUCGACUUCUGACUUGGAUUCGGUGGGUUGAGUGGACUCGGCUGUGUCGUGGGUGUUGGGGGUGGAUGAGUUGCGACGCCUUCGGGGUGGUGGGACUCGUGCUUUCCCCUUUCUGCUCAGGUCGGGAUCUUGCUUGGUCGUGUUCGGAGAGGAUCGGUUUGGGUUUGGUUCUGGGUGGCCGUGUUCCUCUCUCCGUCUCUCCUUCGAGGCUGUGGUCAUGGCUGAAGUUGGCGAGCGAGGGCCCGUGGUAA